UCCUGGCCAUUAUCACAAGGUGUCCCCAAAAUCAACAAUGCGCCUGAAUCCUCAGCGCUCUUCGGCUGUUUUCGAAGAUGUCUGAAGUCUCCAGGUCAUGUCCAACGAUGCAGAAACCUUGAACGAAAUAAGUCGUUGAGUCUAGUCACCAUUAAUCUUAAUAAUUUCGAUAAAUUAUUCGCGAGACAAUAAUUACAAAAAGAUGACGUAGAGUAACAUAUACUUUACUUGGCUUGGUCUAUGACACAUUGGUCUAUUGACUUGGCUCUUGAGGUUCGUUUAAAUGAAGCAAUUUUUAGAAAGCUACUUAAAUAAAACGCAAUAUAAGAUUAAGAAUGUAUAAAUAUUCCUUAAACAAGGAAUAUUAGUGAAGAGAGAAGAAGAUUAUAUACAGAAAUUAUAAUCGAAUUGUCAGUUUGAUGAGACAAAAAUUAACAAAAGUCAACUGCGUCUAGUUUUUCCUAAUACAAUACAGUUCAUAGACCAAACUGUCAAGCCGGGAAGCGAUCUCACAGCCAGAGAGAGAGAGAGAGAGAGAGAGAGAGAGAGAGAGAGAGAGAGGUAAAACUACAGGUUAGGAGAAAUGAUGACCGCCUUACCAUUACUGGCAAUUCUCACCUGUUUCCCGAGAAUAGAUUGCAGCUCAAACCUUCCAUCUUACCUGAGGAAUAAGGGCUCACAGGACGAUGAUUCCGCAGAGUAUCUCAUUAACUCCGUCGUGAAAGGGGACUUCAAGGAAGUCCUUCGUCUGGUCCAGAGUAAUAGCUCCUUCGCCAACGCGCAGGAUUCAGAAAAAACUGCCUUGACUUAUGCUGUACAGAAAGAGGACGUGAGGAUGGUUCGCCUUCUCCUGCAGUAUGGCGCAAAUACCAACUCCUUUGUGGAGGUUCCGCUAGCCGCCCCACCAUCUUUCUGGGCGGUGGAGACGAACAACACCGAGAUCCUGAAACUCCUGCUGGAAUAUUGCUCUGAUCCCAGUGUGCAGCACGAGUUUGAGAGAGGCGAAACUCGCAGUCUGAGGGAAGCAGCGGAAUUGAAACAGAAUCUCAAGAUGGUCGAGCUCAUUGAUGAAUACAUGCAACACGGUUGUGGCAGGUGCCCUGCGGAGAGGAGGUUAUUCGCCCCCCUCAACAUCAACUGGUUCCUACCGGAAACCGCUAGCCGAAACAUCGCCAACAUCAGUUGUCCCGUCAGCUACGGGUACACUUUCGGUACCUGGAGAUGUGGUACGAAUUCGACGUGGGACGAAGCACCUGACCUUAGCCCGUGUAGGAACAUAGAAAGCUUAAUUAAGACGCCAGGAGAGACCAGCGUUCCUACCACUGCCGCAGAGAACCUAGCCAAGAUGGCCGACAGCAUCAACAGCAUCACUCUCCUUCCUGGAGACUUACUGGCCAUCGAUGACGCCGUGAAGACGCUCCAGACUCAGCACAUCAACCACGAUCUGCUGCAGUUCGAGCCCGAGGCUCCUACGCUGACGAAGAAAUACCUGAAGGCACUGGUCAACGUCACGGGGAAGAUGCUGGACGACCCAUCCAUGUGGACGGCCAUGCCCUCGGAACAGGCCAAGACCGCCGUCACCGACCUUCAGGAGAACGUGGUCAAGGGCGCCCUCACGGCCGCUAAGUACCUCUCCGACAACGCCACAGACGAUUAUCCGAACAAUAAUCUGCACGUCAGGGUAUCCCACCAGCCACCAGGAUAUUACACAGCGGAUCAGAACCGCCACUACCAACACCUCGUGUUCCCCAAGACCCACCUCCAGCUUCCGGAACGAUUCUUCCACAAGUACAAUGCUGGUAACCUGCAGGGGACCACCAACAGCAAGCCAGCUACUACCACUCCUUCCACUUCUUCGGCUGCUGACAACGAAGACCCCGCCCUGAUCACAGUCAUAUUCAGCUCCUACAGAGAUCUGCACUGCAUCUCAAAUACCGUUCCUUGCCAACCACCUGGAGAUGAGAAUGACACCAUCAUAGAGGGCCGGUCCCAAGUGAACAGUGGGGUCAUAGGAGCUAAGGUCGGUUUCGGACAGACGUGGAAAGCAGAGGACAACGACGUAGUGGAAGUGACUUUCAACCACAUCUACGACGGAGGGACUUACCUCCUGAAGAACCCCCAGUGCGUCUGGUGGGACACUGAGGACAACAGCUGGUCCUCCCAAGGGUGCCAACUGUACGACUUCAAGCCCUCCUACACCGUCUGCCAUUGCACCCACCUGACGAAUUUGGCUGUCAUCAUGGAUAUCAACGGACUUAUCGAUAAGGAGACCGUCCUUUACCAGAUGCUGCAGUGGAUCACGGUCAUAGGCUGCUCGAUCUCCAUCGUGAGCCUAGCCGUCUGCAUCGCCUGCUUCUUCUUCCUGAAGAAGGUGAAGACCAAGAAGAGCUCCUCCAUCAGGGGCAACCUGUGUCUCUGCCUCCUCUUCGCGGAGGUCGUCCUCCUGCUGGGGCUGAACGAGACGAAGAGGAAGUCUGUGUGUAAGCUGGUAGCUGCUCUGCUACAUUAUUUCUUCCUGGCGACUUUCACUUGGAGCGCCAUUGAGGCCUUCAACUUGUACCUGGCUCUCGUCAAGGUAUUCCAAACGCAGACAUCACUGCGCAAGCACUACUUGGUGGCUGGGUAUUGCAUACCCCUCUUGUUCGUGGGCGUGACUCUGGUCAUCACGAAGGGUGAAGGGUACGGCACUGACAAAAUGUGCUGGCUUGAGCCUCACAGACCCAUCUGGAUCUUCGCUGGAAGUCUGGCUUUCAUCAUACUGAUGAACCUCAUAUCAUUCGCCAUGACGAUGCGCGUUGCCUGGCGGGAGAGACCAACAGUGAAAGGGAAAUCUGUCUCCCAGAAGUCGAGCUCUCAGCUGACAAAACGCCUGAGCGGGUCGACAGCCAUCUUCCUCCUGCUGGGUCUGACCUGGGUCACUGGGUUCUUCUACAUGGCAGAAGGAACCCAGAUGCUGGCUCUCCUCUUCACAGUCCUCAACUCCCUCCAGGGCUUCGGCAUCUUCGUCUUUGGGAUCCUCUUCGACGACAACAUCAGGAAAGAGGCCAAAGAGGUAAUUGAACACCAGUUGGAAACAAAAGUCUCGUCAUCCUUCAAGGGGAGCUUCAACCCACAGAGGCGGGGGAGCUACAACUUCAAUACGGAAUCCGAGGAGAUAUCGAGAAUGGACACCGUAGUGAAAGCCGGGGGAGGGGAGGAGGAAGACAAGGUCAGCACAGAUCAAGACGGGGACCUGGAAGACAAGACGAAACUCUAGGGCAGUCGAUGCUGGAAGAUUGUCAGCGUGAUGGUGGCUCUUCCUAUCCCAGCAACUCACACCCAAGAAAUAUGAGAUAUCUCGACGCUUCAGAUAAAAUUAUAAUUCUAUCUCGCUUGUUUGUGAAGCAUCUACCUUCGUCUGCUAUUCUGUGAUACGAAUGUUACUCGCCUCUCGUCAGUCACAAAUAUCUAUCAAGUCCACGUAUGUUACAGCGCACAACCCUAGAUUCAUACUCAGUCAGUUCAGUAACUGUAAAUCCAAAUGUACCCAGUUUUUAAUUUACUGACAAGUUAUUCUUUAGAUUUUAAUUGGCCAUUCUGGUAGCAGUUAUACCCAUAGCAUUUCCAGUGCACUUCACCCUGAUUUUAAACAGAAGUGUUACUGUAUCCACAACAAUUCAUGUUGCUAGCAAAUGUCAGAAGACUGACUUUUCCUGAUCUGUAAACAAGGGGUGUACUUAAAGACUGACUUUUUCCAAUCUACAAACAAGUUGCGGGUUUCAUUCAUAUCAGUAAGACCUAUUGCUUCCAGAACUUAGAGCAGGGUCUUCAAUGAUUAGGCCAGUGGCGUAGUUGCCUGCGAUACCAGAAGCCACCCUCCAAUCCUCAUCAAGCCCGGAAUGGAGAGGAGAGUGGCGCUUUGGGAUGUUUAACACCUCUUCGUUUGAUGAUCAGUCAGUGGUUCUGAGGUCUGGUAGACAGUGGAGAAGAUGUAAUCCUUACUGAAGAUUGUAAGAACCUUGUGAAUAUGAGGAAUGUAACAGUGAUUGUGGGGUUGGUGGCCACUGGAGAAAAUAUAUUAAUUACUGGAACUUGACCACUGGAAACAAAGUAAUCUUACUGGACCAUAACAACCCUAGGGGUAUGGUAAACUAAAAAGUGGUAGGCACCGAAGCCUGGUAGCCACUGGAGAAAAUGUAAUCCUUACUGAAACUUGUAAAGACCCUAGGAGUAUUAUAAAAGUAAAAAUUGUAAACAAUGAGUUCCUGGAGCCACUGGAGAAAGGGCAUCAUGCUUCCCAGACUCAUAGAGCCAAGGGUGUUGAUAUAAGUACCAAACUCAUGUUACCAAUUAGAGCUAAUGAUGCUUGUUGUAGUAGGAGCUGACUUUUCCCUUUUGUAUUUGGGGUAGUCACUAUUCUUUGUAUUUAUUAGAAUUUGAGAGCAUAGUUUGUUAUGAAAAGUGUUUUAGCUAGGAAUGAAGAUAAUGUCCCUGUGAUGUAUCUUAGUUUUGGAGGUUACACAGAGUAGAUUGGCUACUCCAAGGAGCACACA